AUGGAUCUUUUAAAAGCUGAAAUCGAAAAGAAAAGAAAACAAUUAGAAGAUGCUAAUUUACUUAAUCCAAAUAGAAAAUUCUUUAAAAGAUCUGAUUUAUUAAACAAAGAACGAGAAGAAUACUUGAAAAAAAGUACUGUAAAAAUUGAAGGUCUUGAAAAUCCGGUUGAAAAACAAUCAUCAGGUAGUGGUGAUGAAAGUAAUAGUUCUACAUCUGAGAAACAUACCUUAUCAAGAAAAGAAGUAAUUCGUAGGUUGAGAGAUCGCGGUGAACCUAUUACACUGUUUGGAGAAUCAGAACUCGAUUCUUUUAAAAGACUGCGUAGAAGUGAACUUGCUGAACCAGAGUCAAAUAAGGGUUUCAGAAAUGAUUUUCAAGAAGCACUAGAAAAAGUCGAUCAAGACUAUUUAGAUAAGCUUAUGACAAAUAAGGCACCAGAAAAAACUUACACUGAGUUGGAAAGCAUGGAAGAAGCAAUGGCAACUUAUGAGACCAUUCAAUCUAAAGCUGGAAUUUUAGGAAGAAGACGUGAUCGAUCCCAAGAUAUGGAAAUUAUUUUACAGCUUUUACAAUUGUUAUUGAAAAUGUGGGAGGUUCAACUUAACGCUAGAUCUGUUAAAGAAAAAGCUAGUACUAAAGGAAAGUUAGCUUUAGCUACUUACAAUCAAACCCUAAUUUACUUGAAACCACUAUUAAGAAAACUAAAAAACAGCAGUUUACCUGAUGACAUUUUGGAUAGUCUUACACUUAUUACAAAACACAUGCUGGAGAAAGAUUAUUUAAGAGCUAGUGAUGCAUAUUUGGAAAUGGCUAUUGGUAACGCUCCAUGGCCUAUUGGAGUUACUAUGGUUGGUAUUCACGCUCGUACGGGACGAGAAAAGAUUUUCUCAAAAAAUGUAGCACAUGUACUAAAUGAUGAAACACAAAGGAAAUACAUUCAAGCCUUGAAACGUUUAAUGACUAAAUGUCAACUAUUUUUCCCAACUGAUCCUUCUAGAUGUGUUGAAUAUGCCCCAGAUACAUAA